CAGUUUGAACAAGUGAAACUGUUUGUUUCGCAUACGCCCGGUCUCACUUGUACAUACCUUGGAUCUUGCUAUCUGAAAUAAAACUUUCGAGGAGGACUUGUUUUGACGUUUUGUAUUUAAGUAAUCUAUCAAUGCAUUGUUAUCGCAUCUGUGAUGUCUGACAGCGAUAUUUCUGGCAGCUUUCUACACAGCAAGAAUCAAAACAUGUUAUUACUUGAAAGAUGUGAGCUGCAGAGCUCUGGUGAUGAUGGUGAUGAAGACAGGAGACUAAAAAGAAGGGAAAAGAACAGGGUUGCAGCGAAGAACAGCCGGAAAAAACAGACACAAAGAGCGGAUGAGCUGCAUGAGGCAUAUGAGUGUCUGGAGCAGAAGAACAGACAGCUGAAGAAGGAUGUGCAGUUUCUGUCUGAGGAGCAGAGGCGUCUAACGGAGGCCCUCAAGGCCCAUGAGCCUCUCUGUCCCAUCAUGCACUGUGUUGCCAACCUGGGGUCAGGGACGUUGGGACCCAGGGAUGUAGGGGUCCCCUCCUGUCUGCCCAGAUAGCCAACAUACAAUGCACGGACCACAGAGACAACCAACGUGGGAGACUUGUAAACAGAGUUAACAGGUCAGAUUAUAUGUCCUCAUCUGUCCUUUUUAUUCUCGGCGUCAAUUGUUUUUGUACAGUUUGAAUCAAGUUGUAAUUUAAUAAUUAUAGGCUUAGGUAAUAAGCUUUGUUUCAGAUGUUCAAAUUGCUUUUCCUGUUUAAAUGUUUCGUAUAAUACAUUGAACAUAAAUUGCAUAUCCCUUUCCCAUGAGACCGUUUCCCUUUGCUUCUGAUAAAUGUGGUUACCACACCUCUUAUCACAUGUGUUUUGGUUAACCAAACUGGUUUACCAGUACCUGGGCUUGACCAUGUGGGAACUUACUUAUACUUUACCAGAAAAAAUAAACCAUUAAAAUGUUUUUGGUUUCUGGUUUCUUAGUCCCUAAUUUAAAACAUGUAAUACACUGGCUAUUACCAAUGGAUUCAUGCAAUUCAACACUUAAUUGAUAAAAUGAAAGAAUCAAAUCACUUAAUCCAACUAUCAUAUGUACAGUUUUAUUAUUAUUGUUUGUUAGCUCAUGUUAUGACAUUGUUAUAGAGUGUACCCUCUCUUCCCUAUAAUGUGGGUAAAUAAUCACUAACCUCAUUACGUCUUCUUUUCAUAACUUUAAAAAAUUAAAUACGUUUGAAGCAUGCCAUUAUCAUUCACUAAGUCAAUAAAAGGGGCAACAUUUUGGGAAUUCUUGUCACCAUCAAUGAUCUACAGCAUGUAUGAUCUAUCUUGAUGACAUGACUGCAGGCUUCUCUAAAAUGUUAUUAUGAAUGGAUGGAUACAUUCACAGUAGUAAUUGGCAAGGCUUCUUCUACUAAAUGCAGGCUGACCACUGAGAAAUGUGAAAGACUCUUCAUCCACACAGACAGUUCAUUUCAUACCAAAGGAUUUAUAGACUUCUGCAUACUGCAUUUGAGGGGGAUUGUGGUGAUUAUAAUAAAGCCUUUUGUGUGGAUCGCUUCUUCAUACCGGUAUGCACUUCUUCUUAGUUAUUUUCUCUUGGAACUUUCUCUUCUCACUUUCAAAUGAGCACAGACUACUUGGACUUCCACCACACAACACAGAGGAUACUACUUUCACUUCAGUCCAGGAGAUUUUAGGGCAUAAUGAGGUAUAUCAUUAUUAUAUUAGUAUACACAAUCAUAUUUUAUUUUUCUUUAAAAAAGUAUGUUUUCCCCACACCAGAUACAAACAUACACAUACGAACAACAACUUACUGUACAGACGCCCACAAACAAUGACUACAUCUCAUCUGCCCAGACCUGCAUGCUCACACCCCCAUCCCUAGUGCCUGCAUUAUUGCCACGUGGCCUUCAAUUGUACCAAUUUGUUUUUCUCGGUCGCCCAUGCUAUUUCAAUAUUUCAAUGAUAAAUCAUUAUGUUAGUGAUGGCGGAUUGAUUGAGUUCCACGUUUUUAGUAUACGGUUUUUCAAGAUGAGUGAUGAGAGAAUCGUCCAGCCCAUUGGGUAUCUCACUACACCCCCAUAUGCCAUGUCUUGAAAUAUGCAGACAGACAGAUUAAAAGUAUGUUUACAGUGUAAUACUUCUUCUGACAGCCAACUUUUUAGCUCCACCCAUAACUUUGGACUUUAUAGCAUUCCCAAAAAGCAUGGAUUAUUGAGUCCUAGUUCGUUUUACACUUAAAACAUGACUCUGCCAUUGUGCUGUAGAAUCUGUGAUUUUUGUCUCUUUUAUAAUAAAUUUGUACUGGAUUAAGCGUAGAUUUUCGUUAACUGUAAUUUCAUUAGUUAUGCUCAGACAUUCCCUCCAUCUUGUACCAAGAUGUGUUCUUUUUAUGUCUUAGUUCCAAUAGUUUAUAUUUUUUUCUAAUUGUCAAUUGGAUAUGCUCUCUGCAAGGUUUUACAUAUCUUGCCUAUCAUAUGAUCAUCCUUUUCUGACUCAAAUAAGUUUCCCUUAAGGUUGCUUUGAUGUCCAAAAGAUUUCAAAUAUACAUUUUGUGAUAUGUAACUUUUAAGUUGCAUGUUUUUUUUAAUAUCUAGAUGUUUGUAUUCAGGACAAAAAGUGAAUUGCUGUGCCACAUUACU